AAAAGUAGAGGGGUGCCGAGGUUAUGAUAGGGAUGCAGCAACACUAGCACCCAUAUAUGUCGUCAAGAUAAUGCAGCAAAACUGCAAAACCAGCACCAGCAGCAAUUACUGCUAACUAAAACUACCUGCUAGUGCAGAACCAGAGUACUUUCUCAUUAAUCUCUCCUUCCACUACAGACUCUUCUACCGAAGCCCAGGAGGAGAUGGCUACAACAGCAUUGGGAUAUCCUGGCUGUUCAGGAGCAGAAGCUGCUGCUUUUACAAGAGCACAAUGGAAAGAGCUUGAGAGACAAGCAAUGAUCUAUAAGUACAUUGUUGCUUCUGUUCCUGUCCCUCCUCAUCUUCUCUCCUCAGAUGCCACUUCUUUUGAUAAUCAAGGGUCUUCUCUAGUAUACAACUUGAAAUACGGGAACAACAAAGAUGCAGAGCCAUGGAGGUGUAAAAGAACAGAUGGGAAGAAAUGGAGGUGUUCUAGAGAUGUGGCGCCUUGUCAAAAAUACUGUGAGCGUCACAUGCAUAGAGGCAAGCCUCGUUCAAGAAAGCCUGUGGAACAACAACAACAACAACAACAACAAGUCUCUUCCACCGGUAACAAGAAAACUAGGCAGCACCUUCCUGCAAAUGCUCCGGCCUCACCGAAAGCACCAGCAGCUCCUCAAGAAACAAGCAUUCACAACAACCCAUCUAUGAAUCUACUCAAGAAUGUUGCAGAAACUGAAGAUGUCUCGCUCAGGGAUUCAGACUGGAUGAUCGAAAGCAGGAUGAUGACAAUGGAGACAUCUGAACAACAAUGGCAUCAGUUAAUGAGUGAAGGCUCUACCACAAACCCCUCUAUUUUCCAGCAUAGUAAUUAUGAGAAAGAACAAGAACUGAGUUUGCUUUCUAUUCCGGAGAUUGAAAACUCUAGUACUGAUGAGUACACUAUGUUUUUGAGUCCUUACUAUAAUCCUCGGGAUUUCAUUGACGUGUGGUCUAAUGACAGUAAUCCGGAAUAUUACAGCAAGAACAAGUCCUCUGGUGCAGCUGAUGCAAAUGUCUCGCCUUCUUCACUAGAUUUUUCAAUGACCAUGGCUGUGAGAGAUACUUUUGACAAUGAAAUGGGUCAGAUUGAAAUGGAAGAAAAUAGAGAUGCAUAUGAAAGAUGUCGCGAUUUAAACUUGUUAAGUCCGAUUUCUUGGAUGGGUUCUGAUUCUGGCGGUCCAUUAGCUGAGGUUUUGAGGCCUACCAAUGCUGCUGAUGGAGAUGUUAUUAGCCCUCUAGCAACCUCUGCUUCGUCUCCAACGGGCGUCUUGCAGAGAACAAUGUUAUCAUUGUCUGAUAGUAGUGUUUGCAAUAGUCCAACAGGAGUUGCUACUUCAGCUGCAGCAGCGGAGAUUGUUGGAUUCCAGUGGCUGAAUUGAAUAACCCCAUGUAAGGUUCAAUUUUUCCGAAUUUUGUCAAGGAUCUUCUUGUUUUAUUCAUGUUCUUUUGCUAACUUAUUUUAUCAAAAUUGCUUGUUCUUCCUAAUUAGGCUUUGAUUUUUUUUGGACAAUCAUUAACCAAUAUUUAUUUUCCGGAAACCCCAUCUAGUAUCACGCCAGACCGCCACAGGCCCAACACGUGACAUGUAAAUCAGACUAACCGAGUAGACUACACUGGUGGCCGAAAGAUUAGAACUUGUUUAUUAUUAAUCAUGCUGGUCCUGAAACUAUCAACAUCCAUACACUUAAGAGUAGCGAUAAGAUCUGCAUAUAUUUGUCGUUAACAAGUACUAUGUCGUUAUCUUUGUUUCAAAUUUAGACACAUUUAUUUGAAUUUUCAAAUAUAGUACAAGUGAAAUAGACUGUUCUGUAUUCUUCCAUGGAUUUAAUAGAGUCACAAGCAUUAAGAGGAGUUUGUUUUGUUCUUGUAUUUGACAGUGUCAUUUAAACAAGCGUCCCUACAAUCUGCUGCUUCCUUUUCCUUGCCCGUGGGCCUAAUAUUUUUACCUAAAUCUUCGCUGAUAAUAAAUUUGAUUUGACAAUAUUUUUGUCCAUACGAGCCAAAGAACGGUACAACUGACAAAUUGGGAAAGGGAAAGUGAAAUAAGUAUCUAUCUUCGUACACAGGACCUCAGCCUUCGUCACUAGGUCAGGACCUCAUCGGCUAAUUUGACAUAUUUGUACACAUAGAUCGAUUAUAACAGAAUAUUAUUCAUGGGACAUGGUUGGUUCCGGAGUUUUCAGAAUCUCCGGUCUUAACCUGAUAGUUCUUGCAUGUAGUCACAGUUCAUACGGAUUUACACAAAUAAUCAUAAACUUUGAUCAUAUUACAUAUUGUUUUACAUACUUGGCCGUAGUCACAGUGCAUAAGGAUUUACACAAAUAAUCAUAGAGUUCAAUCUAGUAAAACCACACAAAUAUGAAGU